CGUUAUCAACCUUCUAAUUGUCAAUUUCAUGGAAAUAAAAAUACUAUACUUCAACGGAAAUAGGCGCAGGCUGUGGUCAAGUUAUAACGUGUUUGUUUGCACCAUAAUUGAACAUUUAAGUGGACAAGAAAAUAUGUUAAGAAAACUAAUUGUAAGACGCAAAACUUUUCUUGUUUUACUUUGCACGUUUUUUGGAAGCAGCUUUUUAUUUUUGCCUUUCGAGGCCGGUGAAAACACUGCAAUUCCUGGCAUAGAUUUGGACUACCAAUUAUUUGAGUCUGCAGAUUUCAAACAACAAUUCACAAUUAAAACUCAGGGCUGCAAAAUUCCGGCGAUGACUCCAUUGGACUCUAGUAUCAAAGAGUAUGUUAUUUCACCAAAUCCUGAGAAGUGCGAUGAUCCCUCCACAGUUAUGCUGGAUCAUAAUAAAACACACAUAUGGACAAAGAAAGAAAUAGUUCAACAGUAUAAUAACCUAACAUGUUCCUAUGAAGCUUUUAAUCGAACGCAAUUUGUAUGUAUAGGAUCAGAUUCGGUCGACGAAAGAGUACAAUACGGUAAACCCACAAAUUUCACAGACCAUAUCAGAGUGAAUGAUGAAUUUGUAUGUGUCACAUGUUACAACUCAAGUAUAGAAAUUCACAAGCAGUUCUUUUUAUUUGCAGUCAAGAAAGAGUUUAAGGCACAUAAAGGUAUUAAAGAAUUAGGGAGUAAUGGAAUUGGGUACAAUGUUUUAGUCAUGGGAAUAGAUGCAGUUUCAAGAUUAAAUCUAUAUAGAACAAUGCCAAAAACAGUGAAAUACAUGAAAAAUUACAGUGCAAUUGAAUUAAUGGGGUACAACAAGGUGGGGGACAAUACAUUUCCGAACUUAAUUCCUAUGCUGCUAGGUAUCUCCGUAGAAGAGUUGCCAAAGAUUUGUCUGCCGCAUAAGGAUUCCACAUUCGAUAAUUGCCCAUUUGUAUGGGAGUGGUUUAAAAAAGCCGGCUACUACACUGCUUUAGGUGAAGACAGUUCGUGGCUUGGAACAUUCAACUAUUUAAGAGGCGGAUUCAUCAACACUCCCACUGAUUAUUACCUUCAUACAUUCAUAAGUGAAGUAGAAAAAAAUGUAAAACGCCAAAAUAAGAGAAUAUGCUCGAAUGACAAAUAUAUUUUUCAAAUAUUAUUAGACUACGUAGAAGACGUGACCGCCAGGUUAGAAUCCUCCAAAUUAUUUGGUUUCUUUUGGGAAAUUACUAUGAGCCACGACUACCUCAACGACGCUGCAGUUAUGGACAAAAGUUAUGUUACUUUUUUGAAGAAGUUAGAAGAAAAUAAAUAUUUAGAAAAAACUAUUCUGAUUUUAGUCAGCGACCACGGUAUGCGAUGGGGACCGAUUAGAUCCACCAAACAAGGUCGGCUAGAAGAGCGCUUGCCUUUUGUGUUCAUGUUAGCGCCGCCCUCUUUUCGAGAUAAAUAUUCCGAAGCUUACAAGAAUCUUAAAACAAAUAGUAAACGUCUCACUACACCGUUUAAUAUACACGCUAUGUUAGAAGAUUUGGUAAAUCUAGACAAUAUAAGUAAUGAGAGGAUAUUAUCAAGAAGUAGAGAGAAUUAUUGGCGACACAGGAACAUAAGUUUAUUUUUACCAAUACCUAGUAAUCGGACAUGUCAGCAUGCUGGCAUUAGGGAUCACUGGUGCACUUGUCACGAGGAUGUCCCUAUCUCAACAGAAAGUUUACUAGUGAAGGAGGCAUCAGAAUAUUUGAUAAAGAAUAUGAAUCAGUUAUUAAAUCCACAUAAAAUAUGUGCCCAAUUGAGUAUAGUUAGACUGAUGGAAGCUAGAGAAAUGAUUACAGAUAACACUGAAGAAAACGAAAAAGGAUGGAAGGAGUUUUUGAUUGUGUUGCAAACUAGACCAGGCGAUGGGGAAUUUGAGGCCACAGUGCGGCACCGGGAAGACGGGCAGUGGGCGGUGACAGGGCAAGUCAGCAGACUCAAUCUGUAUGGAAACCAAAGCUAUUGCAUUGAUGACAACUUGCUCAAAUUGUAUUGUUACUGUAAGAAACCAAUAUGAAAAGGGAUUUUAAAGGACUUGAUGUAUGCUCCCAUCACCCGUUUUCAAGAAAGCUGCAGAUGAAUUAUGAAACGAGAAGAUGUAAAAAUCAGUAUAGAAAAAUAGAUGUUAGUUUUGUUAUACAGUUGUAUCUUUUAAUAUUUUUUGUUCUUUCCGCCACCGUAAGAGAUAAUGGAGCGAUUAAAUGUAUUAAUGUGUAAACCGUAUGUGUAUUAUUUAUUUUGUUUCAAAAAGUUUAAAUAAU